AACUAAAAUAGACAAACUAUUUUUGUUGCCCGUAUUGAAACGGCUGUACGCCGUACGGACCUGAAAACUCACUUUCCCCCUCCAAGAACACGGGGUGGGUAAACCGUGAUGGGUCGACAGCGACGACAUCCCGAACCGGUUUCUUAAACAGCUGCGAGAACGCGCACAGGCGAGAGGAGAGACACCGUCAGGGACUGCUCAGAGAAGCGAGCGGAACUCGGGCAGGACGCGCCACGGUCGUGGAGGGGACAGCGACAGCGGUCAGGAAUCGCGACGGGGCGCGCACGGCAGGCAGGAUCGUCCACCGUGGAGACGGAGCGAUGGGAAUCCAACGCGCGAGACGAAGCUGCAUCCGAUUCUCGAACAUCGCAGGCCCCACGGGAGAUCUCGCCGGCUUUCAGGGAGGCGUUCGUCGAUUGACCGUGGCCCGUGGCGACGAUGACGGCGAGGGCAAAGACUCGCGAAUGGAAUGAACGAGUUUACAAAAACAUUAGAAAAAGACGCAGAGAAAAAAACAAAUCGAGCGUGGCUCAUCCAGCGUGACGUCACCCGCUUCGGAAGUCGUGCGGGGUGACGUCACGCAGUUAGAACUCAAGCGCGCGCGCCGCGGAAGAGCCGAGAGGGGGCAGAGAGCGAUGGGGGAGAGCGGCGAGGAGCCGGCGCUGAUGAGCCACGUGCGCGAGGUGCAAAUUCCGUUUGAAAGCCGCGUCCUGAACGCGCUGCUGUCCGUACCCCCCGCGUGGGACCGCCGCCCUCCGCUGGCGCUGGCGGUGACGCACGGCGCUGGGGGCGACGCCUCGCUGCCCCAGCUCCGCGCCCUCGCCCAGAGCCUCCUCUCCGCGGGGGUGCCGUGCCUCCGGUUCACGUGCCGCGGGGGGCCCCUCGCCUACCGCGUGCGCGCCUACCGCGCCGUGCUGGAAUAUUUGCGGAACUCCGGGGAGCUACGGCUGGGGGGCUGCGUGCUGGCAGGCCGCUCCAUGGGGGCACGGGCGGCCGCUGCGCUGUGCCGUGAGGAGUGGGACCAGCACGGGGGGCCCGGGACCCCCUUUGUGAGGGGGCUCGUCUGCCUCUCGUUCCCCCUGCACCGCCCCGGUCACGGCGGCGUCGUGCGCGGGGCGGAGCUCAGCGCCCUGCGCCGUGGACCCGUCCUGCUUGUGUCGGGGACGCGCGACGAGAUGUGUGACCAGGCAAGACAACCUGCUCGCCCGCACCACUCCUCCUCGCUCCUCGCCACUCCUCACCACUCCUCACCUGAGGAGGUGGAUCUCCUGCGGGCCACUCUGGCCCGCGUGGAGGCCCCCGUGAGCGUCCACUGGGUGCGGGACGCCCGCCACUCCCUGGAGGCGCGGGGUCGCGACCCCGCCGCCGUCCUGCGGGAGGCGAGCGACGCGGUGGUGCGCUGGGUGCGCGCCCUGCCCCCACUCGCUCCGGAGGCCCCUGGCAGCGGCGCGCGGUGACGGUACGCCAGAGUGUUGUUCCGGGCAAUCGUUGCCGGCAAUCGUUGCCGGCAAUCGUCACCACGUCGUUGUGGUCAUCUUCUUCCCUACGGCCGAGGAAGAGCGACUCUUUGAGAUUCACUCGGAAGUGAAUUCGCCAUUCGGUCGCUUUUGUUUUAGAGUUGGUGAAUUGCACAUGUACUCACACACCCACUCGCCCACUCACAUAUGCAUCCACUCACUCGCCCAGCCACUCGCCCAGCCACUCGC